AUGCGCGGUCCUGGAGAGCAGAGGAGCAUCAUCACAGAUCAGCCUCCUCUCGCAGCUUUGGGAACGAUCCACAGCCUGCAGUGGACUGGUCCAAUGGACUUGUGGAUCCGUGCGCUCUCCCAGCAGUGCGCAUCAGUAUGGAUCAUGGAGCCGUGUGGAGGCGGAACGCACUCUCUGUCCACCAGGUCACCACAGCCCAGACACCUGACCGACUCCAGAACAACAACCAACCUACUAUUAUCAACCGCAGAUUUCACGGAUAUGCCUUCUCCUGGCGAAAAGGUCCAAAAUGCAAAGAUAUCAGAGCCUGAAGAGAAGGCUUGUCGUCCGAGGAGAGGCCAGAAGUCACGCGAGCAGGCAGUGCCUAGAAAAAGGACCAGCUCUCCCAUUGAAUCCAAAGAUGGCACUAGUUCAAAUGGACAUUUAACAGAGCAAACUAGACGUGUGAGGCCAAGGUUACAUUUUGACAUUUCGAGUUCAGAUGAAUUGCCAUCAUCAGACCUGUCCAUAGAACUUAGUGUGCAUGAGGAACCAGGGCCCCAUUUGUCCUUUCAAGAGGACGAGGAAAGCCAGGAGGAAGAAGAUGAGGACUUUCCAAGUUUCUUAUUGGUAGACACAAAAUCUUCCUCAAUAACACCUGGAUCAUUUGUGUGGUACAAAUUCAGAAACUAUCCUUUCUGGCCAGCACUGGUGAAGAGGGUGUACCACAAAAUAAAAAGAGCCAGCAUUUUGGUCGUCGAUGAGAAAUUAAUUCAACAAAAGAAGGGCUUUAUAGUUUCUCUAAGAACUCUCAAACCCUAUGAAUGUGAAGAAUUCAAUGAGCUCAUCUGUAAAGCCAGAGAAAAGUAUGAUCUCUCAAUUCAAUGGUGCGUUGAUCUCAUAGAGGAUUACAUAAUGCGGAAAGGAAUUGGAUCAUUUUCUGGCUCAUUUACGGAGUAUUAUACUCACAAUAUAAGUUAUCCAGUCAGACGAAAGUACGAGGCCAUUUCACGUCAACUGAAUUUUGCCACUGAACUGGAAAUGGAGCAAUCCUUCACAAGUGUAGAUCUUGAUGACAGUUUUAAUGAGCAGCAGGAUGAAGAUCCAAAGCAGUCAAGGAGACUGCUGCCUGACCGGACUCGCGCUGCUCACAAUCGUGCAAAUGAGAAACUUGUUAAUUUUAUUGUGAAGCAGCGGGUGGUGGAACAGGAUCUGAUGGAGGUGAUGUGUGGGCAGCAGCAGUCAAAGUGGCUUUGCUCGUUCUUGAGCGCCCGGAGAAAACGAAGACACAUCGUGAAAGUAUAUUUAGAAGAUGAUGAACAACUGGACCAGGUUUACUGUUAUUUGAACAAGCUGCGUUCAACAGCUGCACAGAUGGACUCUUGCCUUGGAAGUGUUAAAUCAGCAGAUCCUGUUCCCUUUAUCCUGGAUGUUCUUUUACCUGAGGCCAUCAUUCAUGCCAUAGCUCGACAAGAUGGCCUUUCAAUGAAAAAGGCAGAAGAAAAGUAUCUGAAAGGACGCUGUUUAAGCAACAGGGAAAGGCAAGAAUUUGAUGCAACUCAGUGCACGAUGCAUGAUCUGACGGCUCAGCUCACCAGCAGUCUCAUACCCUUCCCCGGAGUCACAUUAAAUGCCUUGGGAGAAGAUGAAAUAACUCUGGACUCUGUUCUGCAGGGGAAGUUCACUGUUGGGAGAAGUGGGCUUGCCUGGCUGUCAUGUGGACCCCAUCUGGAGACUGUUCAUACUGCGACAGGGGAGCGGCUGUCUGCAUACUCUUUCAGUGGCGGAGGAGAACAUCCACCCUGCAUCCUGGCAGCUAAAGAUUUUAGCUGGUUAAAAAGAUCUGGGUUACUUAUUGGCUUGGAGGAGGCUGAAGGUAGUGUGCUGUGCCUGUACGACUUGGGAUUGUCACGGGUUGUAAAAGCUGUGGUUAUACCUGGCCGGAUAACAUAUAUUGAGCCAUUGGUGAGCUACGGUGGCGCAAGUGCUUCAACGCAGCAUCUUCAUCAGAGUUUGCGCUGGUUUUUCGGCAUAGCUGCUGUUGGAACUGACCUGGGGCAUGUUCUCUUAGUGGAUCUCUGCCUUGAUGAUCUUUCUUGCAGCCAAAGUGAACUUGAAGCGUCAGACUUACAGGUUGUGACAAAGUCCCCAGCGGAGAUCCCUAAGCUCAGGGAGGUCAGCUGCAGAGAAGGGAGGCAUCUUUGUGUCCAGCUGAAUGGAGCCACAGGUGUUGGAGCUUCUGCUCUCCAAUACAUCUCCAGGACUAACCAGCUGGCUGUAGGUUUUUCAGAUGGAUACAUGCAUCUGUGGAACAUGAAGGCUCUAAAGAAAGAAUACCAUUCUCAGUUAGAAGGUGGAAAAGUCCCUGUGAAUGCAUUUACCUUCCAAGAGCCUGAAAAUGAUCCUAGAAACUGUUGCUACCUCUGGGCUGUCCAGUCCUCUCAAGAUCUUGAAGGUGAUAUGGUCAGUCUCCAUCUGCUGCAACUGGCCUUCAGUGAAAGAAAAUGUUCAGGCUCUGGAAAAAUCCUUUAUGAGGGCUUGGAAUACUGUGAGGAGCGUUAUAGUCAGGAGUUGAGCGGGACAGCGUUUCCUCUUAGGGCGCAGGCCACUAAUACGCGCUUGCUUAAUUGUCAGACGAUUGAGAAAUUCAGACCUCAUCUUGACAGAGAUGACAGCAUGAAUGAAAUAUCGUCCCCUGACACGAGUGUGUCGAUUUUUAUUUGGCAAGUAAAGGCCUAUGGACAGGGAACCCCAGCUACCUUCAUUGGAGUGUUUGACAUCAACCGCUGGUAUCAUGCACAAAUGCCAGAUUCAUUAAGAGCUGGAGAGUCGCUACAGAAUUGUCCUUAUUUGGCCGUGUGGUCUUUGGACGCAGUGAUGCAGGCGGUGUCCCCUCACAUGCUGCUGGAUGUGUUGGUGAAUGAGCGCAGCCUGAGCAGGGGUUUACCGCACACAUGCCCUCCCCCUGAGCAAUACUUCAAUCCGACAACAUACAACUUUGAUGCCACUUGUUUGCUCAACACUGGAAUUGUACAUCUAACCUGCUCUGGAUAUCAAAAAGAGGCACUGGGUUUUUUAAAGAAAGCUGCUCCUUGUUCUAGUGACGUUAUCGCUUCUAUCUAUUCUCGCUGUCUCAUGUCUGGUCUGCUCUCGAGUCGCCUGACAGACACUCAGGCGUCUAGUCUCUCUCAGGAGGAGCAGCUAGAUGCCAUAUUAUGCACAGCUGUGGAGACCAGCUCUUUGGGAUUAAUUACUGGCUGUAUUAAGCAAUGGACUGCAGAAGAACAACCUGGUUCUGCAUUGAAUUUGCGGUACAUUCUGGACUGGGCCUGGAGUAAAGUUGUCCAGACAAAAGAAGAGCUGGACGGCAUCUGUGCACCACUAUUUGACAGUUCAUCAAACUUUACCGACCCACAGACACUGCAAUUGCUUCAGCACUGCCAAAGAUUACUCACAAACCUCAGCACCAUCUUUAAUUGUUUGCUCUGUGAAGCUCAUGAACUCACUCAGAAAGGGCUGGUGGGGUUGAUGAACAAGAACAUGGUGUCUGGGCUCAUUUCAAAGUAUGCUCAAGUCGUGCUCUGGUUUUGUCGAACUGGCCUUCUGCCUGAGGGAUCCGUUGAGGAUGCGCUCCAGAUUUCCAGGCCUUUUUACAGUCAUUCUAUUAUCAGCAAUUAUUAUAGCAUCCGGAGAGAAGAGCUGAAAAGGCUUGCUAAGGGAAAGUGGUGUGCAGACUGCCUCAUGAUCGAUGGGCUUGUUGACCAAUGUGGGGAGCGCUUGCUUAAGUUAUGGAAAAGGGACGAAGAAGGCACAGGGCAAUAUCCACCUCCUACUUUACAUGCUUUGUUGGAUAUCUACCUUCUUGACAACAUUGAUGAAGCUACCAAACACGCAAUUGUUAUUUACCUUUUGCUUGAUGUGAUGUAUGCUUUCUCGAACAAAGAUGGAGCAUCAGUGGAGUCUUUCCCCACAGCCUUUGCAAUUCCUAUUGGUUUGGUGAAGUUAAUACAAGGACUCUGGCUCCUGGACCACCACGACCACCAGAGUGCCUUUGAACUGCUCCUACACCCCGCUGCCUCUCAGUGUCCGUUUGUGUGGCAGCAUGAGCGCGUGCUACAGGCUCUUAUGUGUCAGGGCCAACACGCUGAGGCACUGAGGUACUUUCACGUCACCAAACCCAUCAUGGUGUCCACGUCACAGGCCAAACUCUGCCUCCUGGUCCUACUCCACAACAGAUGUCUUAUUGAAGCAUGGUCCUUAGCACGUCAGCAUUCAAAUCAUCUAAAUAUCAGUGAGCUCUUGGGCUUUCUCUUUGAGACCUGUCAGGAGCUGGGUUUGAUCAAGGAGUUGCUGAAACUUCCCCUCGGCCUCUCUGAACAAGAGAGUUUGGAGAAGUUUCUCCAAGGCACUGGUGGACUUCAGAAUAGAGAGCUUCUGAUGGUGCAUUACCUUCAGCAAGCAAACUACAUACCUGCUCUGCAGCUCAACCACUCACUGAAAAUGAAUCUGGUGAAUGAGAGGGAUCCAAAACUCAAAGAACAAUCAAAUAUAAGAAACGCCAUUCUUGAUCAAUAUGGGAAAGUUUUGCCCAGAGUUCAGAGACAGUUGGCGCUGGAGCGAGCUAAACCUUAUCAACGCCCUCUAACCAUUCACAAAGAAGUUUCACGGCCAAAGCCUCUUUCAACAAUCUCAAAGCGAUCUGCAAGUGAAAACGUCAUUUCGAGAGCUGGUUUCAUCAAUAAUCUUUUGACCAAGAUUGAGGAAGUGUGGAUUGGUAGAGACUCUCCCCAGUCUUCCCCAAUAAAAAGUCCAAAAACAAUGGCACAAAAAUGUCCUAGCCCCAAACUUUCAUCCACUCUUCCUGAACCUUUUCUGGGGACACCCAUCACCAUGUCUGCGAAACGAAAGUCAAGGCUGAUGAAGCUAGUGGUGCAACCCAGUCAAAUGCCUCAGGUGCUCCUGAGCCCUCCCAGACCUCCCACCUCCUGGGUUUCACCAAAAAGGGUCAGCAAUGCUCCAGAGCUCAGUCUACUGCAAACCCCUCAGGUUGUCAAGAGAGCUCGAGCUCUGGCUGCGUCUGGGCCUGUGUUUGCCGCCUUCACUCCUCAGUCCAUUCUGCGGACCAGUCUCAGACCGACCCCUGUGGCCACACCUUCUGCAUCUCCAAGGCGCUCAGUCACUCCCCCUCCCCGUAAGGAGAAUAGGAUCACCUUCAUUGAAGCUGCAGUUUCUCCUGAGAUGGAGAAAAGCAUUCCUUGGACCAAUGGGGAGGCAUCUGAUGAUGAGAUUCGUCUUCUUACUCGAGGGGCUUUGCUUUCCAAAGCCACACGCAAAUCCUGGUCUUCACAAGCUGAAGAUGAGGAGGUGGAAAGGCAGGAAGAGGAGGAUGUACAUGAGAAGCCACUGUCUGAUGAGAUGACUGGUGGCAGUGUCUCACCACACCAGAGUGUAUCCAAUCCCCCCUCAGAGCAUUACGACACGGAGGAGACUAGAACAUCAGGAGCACAGCUGGUUUUAAGUUUUGAAACUAGCCACACUUCUGUCCGGUCAGCUGAUACCACCUUAGAGUUCUAUGAUGCUCCCCUUGCAGAGGAAUCGGAGGAUGACAAAUAUGUGGACAGGGACAAUGGAAUAGUGAGCUCUGAAACCCCAGAAGAAGACGCAAGCAAACCCCAAACCCAAGUUCACUCUGAAGAGAUGUUUGAGGAGGCACUGCCUCUGGAUAAAUCUGAGGGGGUGUUGGGAGAUCACGAUGAUGUAGAGUUUGAAGGCAUUCCAGAAACCAAUUGGGAUCAAGAAGCAACUAAUGAAGCUCUUAUUAAUGCAAACUCUGAGCAGGACACAUCUAAUGGUGGUAAUGAUCUGAUUGGAGCUUCAGUUUCCCAGCCUGUGGAUGUGUGUGAGCAAUCUUUUAUCCCUGAAUCUGCAGAGGACCCAGAGGCUCUAAAACCAUCAGAAAAUCUUGAACCUACCAACCGAACAGAGCAAGAAUUGGAGCAGUCUGCAGACUUGACAGAGUUUGUCCAGAAGCAUCUCUUCGGUGAUGACUUGUCUUUGACUCGAUCAGGAAUACAUUCUGUAUCACUUGCUCAAACUUCAAUCAACAGUGACUUUGUGGAUCAAGAGGCAGAGGAGGAGCAAACUGCUUCCAGCAAAGCCCCAGUAUUCCCCUCUCGGAAAUCGACCACCUCCAUAACUUCCUCUGAGCCCACAGGCACAGACUCCCACUCUGUUUUCAGUAUAAAUGACAGUGAGGAUCUCUCCCGACCCGUUUCUGAAGAGGACUGUGAAGAUGAGGAGGAGGAUGAAGAAGAGGAGGAGGAGGAGGAGGAGGAGGAUGGGGAGGAUGAUGAGGAAGAGGACUCUGGGAGUGAAGUGGAGAUAAUAGAAGAGAUCCAGGGCAGACCACCUCCUGCUCUGUCGUCAGAGUAUAUCGUACAAGAACAAAGCCACUGCUUGCCAAAUUUGUUGGAACAAGAUGCUGAAGCUUUUUCUUCUGAAAUCAAGAGUGCUGAAGAAGAUGGUAUUGGAGAGGUUGUUAUGGUGCACCUGGGCACUGAUGAACAGGACAUGGAUCAAGACGAAGAGGUGGCUCAAGCGGCAUCUUAUCUGGAGCUCAAACCCUCAUCUACUCUGUUGGUUCCUUUGGAGCUUGUAGAGGAACAGGACAUCUCUGCUGAGCAAGUUCCUAACGAUAUUUUUCAAACUGAUGUUUCAAAUGACCACAAAACUGAAAGCCAAAGCAGCUUCUCUCUUACCUUGGAUUUAGAGGAAGAUGGGGACAAAGAGCCUGAAACAAAUAUCAUGAACAAUCCUCUGUCUACUCAAGUCUUGCUCACAGAAAUAAAAGAGAUGGAAGAGCCAGUGGCUUUUGUUGAGGUAAAACCACUUGUGAAUGAUGUCUUGGAUGCCAAAAUAGAAGAGCCAGUAGCUUGUGUCGAGGUAACACCACCUGUGGAUGAAGUCUUGGAAGCAGAAAUCAAAGAAAUGGAGGAACCAGUGGCUCCCGUUGAGCACCACCAAGACUUUGUCUCCAGGCAGAACACGGAGUUCACAGAGGAACUCUUCAAUAAGCAGCAAAAAGAUUCACAUCCUGCAAGAACCACACGACAAUCCAACCGCAACACUUUAAGCGUUUAUCCACAGGUGAAACUGGUUCCUCUUUUGCUUUCUCAGAGUGUGAAGAGAAGGGCAGCAAAAGGCCAAGACCAGUCUGAGCCGGAACCCAAGAGGGAUGUGGACUCCCUUCACAAGACUAAAAAGAAAUUGUGGGACCAGCCUGAGCAGGAGCAGCCUUUAUUGGACCCUCCUUUGGAAGUGGACUCGGAGACCCCAGUAGCAGAUGCACUCAUCAAAAGGCUUCAUGAUGAAAAACAAAAGCUGGAAGUUACAAGAUCUACAAGAUCCAGUAAGAAGUCUGUGACUCUUCCUGAGGCUCCGUUGGUGAACUGUGCUCUCUUUGACACCGAUGACAACUCUAGUCAAGGCGAGAGCUCGUUCAUCUACUCCCCCUCACGAUCAAGAACAAGAGCAAAGGCUGUAGAGUCUCCCAGUCGGACUGGUCCUGUCACUCGCAGCAGAAAGGUGUCCAGUGUUGAUCUUGAGGUUGUGAUGGCUGAGGACAAUCCUGUAGAAGAGCCCUCUGUGCCAAAUACUAGAAAAACAAGCAAAAGAACGACAAAGCCUAAAGCAGCGCUUGAGCCAACCUUAAUAGCUGAAGUCGACCUACUGUCUCCUCUGCCAAGUCCUGCUGAUCCUGUUCGCCGGGCUCAGAAAAGGACAAAAGAAGUUGACGGUCCAACGUCGACCAUGAACUUUCGACGCAAACGUAUUAUGGGCACGGUCUUAACCAAGCCGGUCACCCGGAGAAAGAAACUAUAG